AUGGACGUUAAUGCUUUUGUGUCUGAUCAUAAUGUGCGCUUGACAUGGAUUGCCUUCUUUACCCAAUGGGUGCUCUGGGGUCUCGUAUACUUUGUUCGACAUGUCUUUGGUCAUGACAGCGAGGGUCCUGCACCUGCUGCCGAUCCUGAACAAGAAGGCAAAAAGAAAUGGCAGCCUGACGGUGCAAUGGGAUCGCGUCUUUCCCAUGCUCAUCGUGUGUUGAUGGAAAACACGCUUUUGCUCUUGAGCGUCCUCAUCCUUAAUACAUUUGGUGGUGGAUCGACUCGUGCCGUCAUGAUUUUGACUUGGAUUUAUUUUGCAUUGACUGUGGUGGUCUCUUUGUCUGAGGUGGGCUAUGGUCAUCGCUUCGUCCGAUUUGUGUACAGCGCCGCCUUCUAUGGAAUCACCCUUGCUAUCGGUGGAUUGGCUUUUGCACAAGGAUGGCGUUAA